UCACUGGCCACAUGGCAGCUUCUGACAUUAAAUCAAAACUUAAGCUGAAUCCUCUAACAAAAGUACCCAUCUCCCAUGUCAAGAGGGAUAGAGAUUCACCAGGAUUUCUCCAAAACCAAGUACAGCACAAAAAAAAGAAGUUGAAUGCUUCACAAAUGGAAGCCUUCCAAGAUGCCUACAACUUCUUUAACAAGGAUAAAACUGGCUGUAUUGAUUUACAUGGAAUGAUGUGCACUUUAGCUAAGUUGGGCAUGAAUCUAACCAAGCAUGAUGUCUAUAAUGAAUUGAGAUGUGCUGAUAUUGACCGCGAUGGGAAGGUGAACUUCUCAGAUUUUAUAAAGGUGCUAACAGAUGAGAAUCGUUUCCUCAGGGCUGUGGUUCCAGAAAAGGAGACCUGUGUAGAUGUAGCUAGCAGCCCAGGGAUCCUGUUGUUUGAAAUCCUGUCAAAGCUUGUAGAGACUUCAGCCCUACCUAGAAAAGCUAUAAUGGAAAUAGUGAGCUAUUUCCGAAGAAAAUUCCAUGAAACCACUGCAGGAAUGCUGUGGAGUCCCUAUGCUAUGGGUUAUGGAAAAAGGCGACUCAAGCCAGAUGUAUGCACGCCUCCAAGUUCAAGCACAGCUGCCUUUGCCAAUGCUGCCAGGGUUGCAAUAAUGAAAGAAAAGGAUUUAUUUAAAUUUCUGGAAGAGCUUAAGAGAUGCAAUCCUCCCUCAGAUAGCCCAUAUUCAAAAAUACCCAUCUUUCCAUUGUUUCCAAAUGUGGAUGGAGUAGUGAUGGGAAAGCCAUUCAAAGACCUACAGAAAUUAGAGACGCUAAGGAGACGGGAGCCUCUGAAUUUCUUUGAGAACUAUUUCUUCCAUAAAAGAGACUGGAAAACACAGGCAUCAAAUAUAAAGCCUUUUGACCCUGCCUCCGGCUAUCCAAGUGAAAUCUUUGCCAUUGACCAAAUGUUCAAGAGAAAGCAGACUUGGACAGUGACAGAUGCAGCAGCUGUUAAACACCAUGUGAAGAGAGCUACAGAUACCUAUAACUUAGGAACUGCUCUUGAACACCGAAAAGAAAUGCUAAACCUCUGGCGGAAGAUCCGAGGGGAUUUGAUUGGGAUAGACACUAAAAAUGAGUCCUUUUAUGACACCUUUUCUACUUAUACAUGGUCCUGGAAUGUAUGCCAAGAAUUACUUUCCCCAAAGGACUUAAGGUUAUAUGAUGCCUGCAUGAACAGAAAUUACUCCCACAGUGCCAGAUUAUCUUCCUCUUCAGAUAUCAGUGAAUGUGACACAGACACAGGAAGAAAAAGAAAACGGAAAAGUUCCAAAGGGUUUCGCCAAUGAAUUUCUACAUUUUCUAAACAGCUCAUCAAAAACUACUUUUUUCAUAGUUAUCAAAAUGAUGGUUUCCUGCUGUUGUCUAGUACAUUCUUAACAGCUGGAAAUGUUGACAUCUUUUAG